UCAGCACUAGCGCUAGCCAGAGCCUCGUACCGUACUAUAUACUCGGUACCGUGGCGCGCCAUUUGAUUGUGAGCGCGGCCGAGGUCGAUCGAGAGCUAGAGCUAGAGCGGCACACACAUUAUAUUACGGUAAUACGGUAUACCGGGGGAGCGUUUCAUCAAUAUUUUCAUCCGACAAGUUGUCAGAUCUGACAUCUUUCCAUCAUCAUCAUCAUCAUCUGUACGGGAGGGAGUGAUGGCAGCAAAGGGGAAAUCAAGAUUUAUUGAUGUGAAAGCUCUUGCAAAUGAGCUGGAAGAGGAAUUGCCAUGCAGAGGGAGACAGAUUGCAUUGUUGUUAUCACUAGCAGGCCAGCCGAACCAUACUACCUGUCCAGCCGUCUUUGGCUAUGGCCACUCUGCAACGGGAAAGUCUGCUGUUGUGCAGUCUGUGCUGGAAUCCAUCUCUGCCCCAAGAGCCAUUGUGAACUGUGUAGAAUGGCAAGGUCAGAAGCAGCUUUUUGAAGAGAUUCUCAACCAGGUAGCAGAGGCUGGGCCUAGCCCUGAGAAUGGUUUCACACAGUAUGCUCGGUGUGACAAUGCCAAUGACUUUGUCAGGUUGCUCAAAGGAGUGGUCCAGGAGAAAGAGAUUGAGGAGACUGUGUAUAUUGUCUUAGAUAAGGCCGAAAGGUUAAGAUUCAUGGAGGGACACAUCCUACCAGCCUUUCUACGACUGUCAGAGCUAUCUCAGUGUAAUGUGUGUGUCAUCAUGCUAAGUCAGAUAGUGUGGGAGAAGUUUAGAUGUGGCACAGGCUACUGUGAACCUGUCAUUGUUCAUUUUCCUGACUAUACCAAGAAUGAAAUCUUGGAAAUCAUUGCAUCACACCCUCCAGCUGGCUAUAGGUGUACCUUCUAUGCUUCCUAUGUGAAUCUUCUUCUAAGCAUCUUCUAUAUGGCCUGUAGGGACCUCAAUGAAAUCAGGCAUUUGGCCGAACUCAACUUUCCAAAGUACAUUGAACCCAUUACCAAAGGGGAAGCCACAGUUGAUGAUGCACAUAAACUGUGGAGGAAUAUUGAACCUCAUCUCAAGAAAGCUCUUCAGACCAUCUACCUCAGAGAAGUCUCCAGUGCACAGUGGGAGAAAUAUCAGCAGGAAGUAUCUGGUCAGGCUUGCCUUCCCAACAUGCUCUCUGCCCGAGCCCAUGUCGAGCUACCAUUCUACUCUAAGUUUCUUUUAAUAGCAGCAUACCUUGCCUCCUAUAAUCCUGCCAGGACGGAUAGGCGUUUCUUUGCAAAGCAUCAUGGGAAAAUCAAGAAGACUGCAAGGAUAUCCAAGAAGAAGGAGACCAGCAACCAGUUACUGGGUCCCAAGGCAUUCCCUCUAGACAGACUAAUGGCUAUCUUCUAUAGUGUUGUAGAUGCAAGGGUCGCACCAUCUGCAAAUAUCUUCUCUCAGAUCUCUUCUUUAGUGACCUUGCAACUUCUAUCCCAUGUUGGACAUGAUGAUCAGCUAGAUGUUCCAAAGUAUAAAUGCACAGUCUCUCUGGACUUCAUCAGGUCUAUAGCAAGGACAGUGAAUUUUGACAUCAUAAGAUACCUGUACGACUUUGUAUGAAGAAGUCUACUUGACCCUCCUGGUAUACGUGAGUCUAUGAAGAAAUGUUGGAAGUGUGUGUUGGUGUUGGAUGGAUGACUGUCUGACUUGGGUACAUUGCUAAAGAUCAUGUUAUGGAAAAGAAGUAACUACCUUAGAUUGCCUAAACCCAUUCUUAAACAGUUCACCUUGAUAUUUUGCUAUAAUUUGUUUGUUUUGAAGGUAAUAAAAUUGCCAGAAAGGCAAACAUUUUGUGUAUUUUAGGUGCCUUAUUCACUGGUUAAUAAUGAAGUUGAUGAUUUGAUAAUCAAGACUUGUAAGUAAAGUGUGUAAUCGUCAAAAGCAAUGUAAUUGAUACAUUUUUAGUUUUGAAAGAAUAUUUGAUAAAUAUUUUCUUGUCUUUUCAAUUUUCCGAUUAGUUGGCAAUUAGUUUGGUUUUCUAAUAAUUAGUCCAUGAAAGUUAAUGGGAGGAUAUUAUUAAAAAAGACAUUCUUCAUACAGAGAGUAAAAUGUAUUAACUGAUCAAAUGUUUGUCCAUUUGGUUUCAACUCUUGUGGGAUUUCAAAGGGGCUUUCUAACCUCCCGUUGUUUGUGUCUUUGUUGAAAAUGGUGAAUUUAAAUGGAUACAUGCUAGGCCUAAUCAGAAUUACUGUUAAAAGCUGCUUGAAGUUGUUUAAAAUUUCAUAAUAAAGAAAUGGAUGACUUUUAAAAUGCAAUGGACAAGAUGCCUUUUGAAGGCUAAUGGACUAUAGCAGCAAGAUAAGCUCAUGCAAUCUUCAUUUUAUCUGUCUAAUAUUGAAUAGUUGUCUAAUAGUUGUCACAAAGGUAGUUUGCAUAUUACACAAUCAUUACAACACCUAUGGUACAACUUUAUUUUACAUAUUUUUUAGUGUGACUUGGGCAUUAUUUUACCUGAUCAGGGUCAACAAGGCUUUAAAUUUUCAUUUUCACACUUCAUAGUUUGGUUUUGAACAGUGGUAUUUUUAGAAUAUCUCUGAUUGUCAUGUAUGUAUAUUAGGUCAAAAUAUUUUUUGAUACAUGAGGCUUACUAUCUUAUUAUGAUAUUGUAUAUGGAGAAUAAAAGAAAUGAAUUUUUGAUAAUGAAAAUGUCUUCCAUUUCCAAAGCAUCUUCCCACUCUUUCUAUUGGAAUAUGGAGCUGUUUCAGCUUUACUUAAAUUAUCAAAGGUUGAAGUGCUAACAUUAUAUAUCUAUUGUCAAUAUAUUUAGUGCAAAGUGUCUCCUAUUCCUCAUUCUGAAUGAGAUUAUGAGAAGAUCUUUCACACUUUUAAGCCAUGAAAAACUUUUAGCUAGCAUUUUGGCUCCUCAUAUUUCAGUAUUAUAUAAAGUUUAGUUGUGCAAAGCUUGUUAAAAAGCUCUCAAUUUUUUUCUAUGUUGAUUUUUGAUUGACUAUCUUUCUGGUAUCUCGCCAAGUGUUGUACCACCAUAUCCAUUGUAGAGUGAACAUUCACCUUAUCAUUCUCUGAAAAUGAGUGAACUUUCAACGUACCCUAAGAAAUUAUCUAAAAAAACAAAAUGUUCAAGUUUCAAAUUAUUAAUGAUCCUUCCAAAACCUCAAAAGGGCGUACAAGGGUGCAAUACAAUGGUUUAUUUACAAUUUGUCUAAUUGCCAAUUCGUCCACACUCCAUUAUGUCUAAUAAUCAGUUGGUCCAAUAGCCAUUUAGUUGGUCUAAUUCGAUAAGUGUUAAUUGGGCGAAAUUAAUGAAAAGAAAAUGGGUAUGAGACCAACUUGUUAUUAGAUGAAAUGGUCAUAGAUGAACUGGUGAUUAGACGAAGUGAUGAUUGGACCAAAUGGUUAUUGACCAAAUGGUUGUUAGACGAAAUGUUGAUUGACAGAAUGACAUGAGACUGAAUGAAAGUAGACCAUGUGGUGAGUGGACGAGUAGGCAGUAGAUGAAUUGGCAAUUUACCAAUACAAUGAAUACAUAAAACUAAGAUGUCGACCUUAGGUUCGCGAAAGAGCCUCCUGUGAUGAUCUAGAGACACUUGCACAACUUGUAGCUCCUGUCUGACAUUUUUUGAUUGGGUCAAGUUUUUUCAUCAAGUUUUGUGAGCACUUUGUCAAAAGCAGAUUCAACCAGCUUGAUUAGGAUAAAUACCAUGAUUUCAAGCGUAAUUUUCACAAUGCUCUAGACAAGGCUGAGAUUCGAAGAUCGCUGCAACUGAGCUUGAGCCUGAGGCAAAGCUGUAGUAGCUUUAUCAUUAUCCAACAAUGAGCUUGCAAUGGAUAGCUUUUUUUGAAGAGUGGACUUAUUAGUUAAAAACAGUUGACUCAUGAAUAAAAUAACAUACUUAAUCAUGGCAACAGGUGUCAAUUUGGAGCACUGUGACAAAAUCGUGCAUCAGAAUUUGACAUUUUUUAAUAUACUCGGUAAAUAAGCAUAAUUCAUACAGGAAAUCUGCAUAAAACAUGGGUUCAACCGAUGGUUUUAAAAACCACCUUUGUGGGUGAAUUCCCACUGUUCACACUCCCUAGAUUCAGAGAAUUUGAAUUGGCGCUCAUUGUCAGUCAUAAGGAAAUCGGGAAUACCAAAUUCCUGAAAUGAAUGACUGUGUGGGCACGCCCCUGGGAACGAUUUCUUUUACUGAGGGUGCUGAUGUAAAUUUGAAAAAAAAAGCUUUUCACUCCGAAUUGGAGGUCAAAUAAUCGGUCUCGAGAAAUUUGAAAAGCAAAAAAAAAUAUUUCACUACAAAAUGAAGCCCAGUUUGGUUACAUUUUUUUAUAUUUACACAUCUUCCAGAAUACUUGGGGGUGCUGCCUAUGGAGAAUAAUAGACUCAGCACCCCCAAGGAAAUUUUUGUGCCAUUUCAGGCCCAAGGCCAUGUGUCUGUGCUGUUGAGUCUGGAAUUGUUUGUCCCUCUGCAAACUUUUAGAAACCAGUAGUAGAGUACUACAGUAGGAAAUUUUUUUCAGCUCAUCCGGCCCGAUUGGCGAGAUGAGCUUAACCCAUGGUGUGGCGUCCGUCGUCUGUCAUCUGUCGUCCGUCCACAAUUUCAAAAUGAUUCUUCUUCGCUAUUUCAAGUCCGAUUUAAAUUCUGUUUGCUUUAUAUGAUAGCACUAGGUGGGGGAUUCAAAAUUUCUACACAGAAUUUUGAAACUCAUUAAAUAUGCUAAUUUAAGCGCAUUUUUCAAAAUUCACAAAAAAUGCUUCGUCUUUAUUUGUCGACCGAUUUUGAUUUUUUUGCUUCCAUCUGGUAGAGCUUCAUGAGGUUCACCAAACUUCUACACAGAAUUUUGAAAUUUUGACUAGAAAAUUAUUUAUGCUAAUUUAUACAAAAUUAAUUCAUAAAUCACAAAAAUUCCUUUCCCCCUUGUUGAUCAAUUACAAUUUAAACAUAUAAUUUUGAAACUCAUUAAAUAUGCUAAUUUAUGCAUAUUUUUCAAAACUCGCAAAAAAUACUUAUUUAUUUGUUGACUGAUUUUGAUUUUUUUCGUUCCAACUGAGAGCUACAUGAGGUUUACUAAGGUUUUACACAGAAUUUAGAAAUAAUUACCAAAAUACCAACCCAUCGAUGUUUGUGUCUUGAAACUGAUUAUUACAUGUAUUUACAAUGAUAACCUCAGAGGGAAAAAAUGAAAUAAAGAGAAUAAAAUUAAGUGAAAAUCUAAUUUCGAUUAAACUCAAGCACAUAUCUCGAUGAAUGGGCAUCCCUGGGCACUUCAAAUGAGUUGGGUUUUGGUGGAAAAAACAUGCUCAUUCAAAUCAAGAUUAAUCUCUGCUAAUGAUCCAAAAAUAUGAAAUUAAUACUAAAAGUUAAUGAGAAUUUAUAAAAAAAGGGACAUAAAUAACCUAUAUUUUAGUGAGUCUUGGCGAAACAUAUAUGGUUUCAAUUGUUAAAAUAAAGAUAAUUCAGUUUUAACAACUGCACAGGCUCAUGAUAAUUAGCUUUAUAAUGUGCAAUCCCAGUUCAUUUGCUUGUUUGCAAAUAGUUACUCCACUGAAUGAGGAUUGCUUUGGACAGCCAAGGACAGCAGCUUUGAAGCCUGUACAUUACAUAGUGACAUGUCUGUCGCUUCCAGUUAAAUUGCAAUAAGCGACACUGUCGGUUCUUAAACUACUGUGUUGAGCUGAGUAACACAAAGAUUAGCGAUCAAUUGCUGAAUAGACUGACAAAUCAAGAUCAAUGUUACACACGCAUUUAGUUGAAAAUUCUGACCUGGAACCAAUCAGAAGUGUCCUUUUAUAUUUGCUAUUCAUCGCUAAGCUUUGUGUUACUGGGUCCUGAUCGUAAAAACAUUGGCUGAAUAUCUAGUGCUGGUAACUCCUAGGUUUGACUGGCAUCAAUAAAAAAUGAUGCAUAAUUCCUAGGGGUCAGUAGGGGUGUCUAACAAGUGGCUGCUGCAUUAUACACACUUUGUUUAUCAUAAAGUUUAGAUGGUAGUGGUAGUCUGUAUGUCGAUCUCCAAAAUCAAAAGCUUCAUGUUUAAAUUUUAAUACAACUGGCAUUAACUGACCAUGGCAUGAUAAUAUAAAAGUCAUAUUCAAUAUCAAUGUCAUCAACAGCUAUAUAUUACCUUUCCUUUGACAUUCAGAAAAGUGCAAAUAGUAUCUUUAAUCAAGUAUUUUUUUGCAGGACUCAAAGAUCUUGUGUUUGACUAUCAAAUGCAGUUUUGCGAUUUCUGUAUGGACAGAAUUACACUUCUGUAAAAGAAAUUGUUAGCUUAUCAUUGUGUCAAAGUUUUUUUAAAUAUUAAUCUGAGAAAAUAUUAUUGGUUUUAAUUACUGAUUGUGCUUCAUUUACAAAUUAGAAAUAAAGGGAAGGUAUUUUUUCAAGAAAUAUAAACUGUGGUUGUCUGUAUUUGUUUCUCAAACAUAUUAGUAGUUGAAUGCUGAUCAAUGAGUUCUAUUCAGAUUAUUUUACUUGAUAUGAAAAGUUGUCGACAGAAUUGUCUUGACGAGCAAGCAAGCAACGCACAAAUUUUUCUCACUUUCCAAAAUGUCACGAUAGCGUCAAGUAAAGGAACCAAAUGCCUCCCAGAAAUCUGCC